UUUACCUUGUGAAUUUUUUUUUCUUCACUCGCUUGCUCCGAAGCGGCGAGAUUAGAGUCUCCUUACUCGUCAGCUGGACUUACAGACCGACAAACGUAACCGAAUCCGUGGAAUACAACAUCCAUUCACCGCUCUACUCUCCCUGCCCUGGCUGCCUGGUUGCUUCCGUAUCAGAGAGUGGCGCCCGUGCCCGUGGACCCUGAAGCUAGGAGACUCUAAGGGUCCCACAGCAUUUCUGAUCGACGACAGGAGUUUCCACUUGGUUCAGAAAGAGAAAGAAUUGAUAACAGACCCAGAUGGAUACCUACGUAAUUAUAAAUAUCUACAAAAACCGUGUCGAGCUGCCUUUAUCUUGACUCUUGAUUUUAAAACUUUUCAUCAUCUCGUAUAAUUUGUGCUGUUAUUUUGAGCAAACAAGUGCAAAGUAUCCUCCGAAACCAGUCACAAGACCUCGUCACGAUAUCACAGCUAUCAGGAUAUCUAUCCCCUAAAAACUUAUAUAAAGACUGUCUCACUCAAACGUUUUCUUGACCGCACUCAUCACACAAAAAUAAUUAAUGUUUUGAGACCCAAGCCAAAUCAUAUCUCACUCAAAUAUCUCACAAAAUGAAUCCCGCCGCGCCAACAACCGCAGCUCCUACCUCUGGCAACGCCAACAGCUACUUUAGCAUUCACAAGACACAAUCCACAGAGACAACUCCUGUGUCAACCCCUGGAUUCAAGAGCGAGGAGUUCGACCAAGCUGGUCACAAGCUUCCUGCCCUCAACCGCGAGUUCCCCAAGCCUACAGAGGAACUCGACAUCCAAAGCAUGCUUGAUCGUCAACCUGGCCGGUGGACCACCAAGGGACAAAUCGAGGCCAACCAGCGCCGAGCUCAACAUGCCCGCAACGAGGAAGAGAUCAAGGCUCAGCGUAUGCGAGACUUUGAGAAAGCCAAGGAAGAACUCCGUUCUUCAUGGAGGUUCUAAGCCACCUGCCCCAAACUUCACCCAUGGAGGACUUUAAAGCUGUAUCGGUUUACAUAAUAUGAGAGACCAACUGGCGCAUUGUUUUCAGGGCUAUACCAAGAGUUCAACGAUUUACGACACUACGAAUAGACAUUAGAGAUCGGGGUUGUGCGAUUGAGAAUACAGGACAUAUAGAUUAGACGGAGAAGAGCAUUUGCAUUUCUAGCAAUUAGAGUUUCAAUAUGAAUUCACUUUUGAAUAGUGCAAUAUUCAAGCUAGGUCUGCAACGGACAGAACACGUCCAC